AUGAAGGCUGCUAUCGUUGCCUUCUUGGCCGGCUCGGCCGCCGCAUCCCUCCAUGACCGCCAUGUUGGUCUUCAUAACCGCAGGAUGAACUACGGGCAAUCCAAGAUGCCGUAUGGCACCGAUCAGGCUAUGCCGAGUGCGCCUCUCGGCACCGGUGCUCCGUAUCCUACGUGCGGAUGCACUACCUAUACCACGUAUUUCUACGGAGAGCCGACGCUGGUGCCAAACCCACCGCCAGUCAAAUCGACAGUGCACGUCUCGCCGUCUCCUGUGCCUUCUUCCUCGAGCAAGGACCCAGCCCCCACGCCGAUUGUGACUGUCUGCCCAACGCCCGGAACGUAUACAUUCCCAGCCACAACCGUGACUCUCACUUCCAGCACCACCGUAUGCGCUCCCACCACCACUGUUUGCGCCCCGGGCUCCUGCACCUACGGCGGCGUCACCACCGUUGUUACCACUUCAACCACGGUCACUUGCCCAUACGCGACCGUUGAGACCACUGACAGCACGACGACGAGCGUCGUCAAGACAACCACCUAUGUCUGCCCAUCUGCCGGUACCUAUACUCUCGUCGACCCGACCAGCACCUCCGUCAGCGAGACUACCACAUGCAUCUACCCAACCCCCACAUCCUACCCGCCGGGCACGUACACCGCUCCGGAGACGACCGUGACCAUGACCGCGACCUCGGAAGUUUACGUCUGCCCGUACACCUCCUCUGGCAUGUCUAGUAGCAGUGCCACUGUUCCACCACCCACUGCUACCGGCCCUGCCGAGGAGUACGACUCGGACGCCGAGACCUCCGGCGACGAGUCCGAGGAAGAGGACCCCACCAGCUCCGCCCCGGCCGCUCCUUACACCCCUCCGGUUACCAACUCCGCAGCCCACUCGACCUCGACCCCAGAAUGGAGCUACGUUACUCCCUCGGCUCCUUCCACCUACACCCCUGCUCCCACCUCUUCCGAAGCCGCCAAGCCCAGCGGCCACAUCCCCACCAACGGCAACCAGUGGGCCAUGACCUACACGCCCUACACCUCCGGGGGCCAGUGCAAGGGCGCCUCAGAAGUGAUGUCGGACAUCGCCUCCAUCGCCGCCAAAGGCUUCACCACCGUGCGCCUCUACGCGACCGACUGCUCCGGGCUCGAGAACAUCGGCGCCGCCUGCGCGGCCCACAAUCUCAAGAUGAUCAUCGGCGUCUUCAUCGACGGAUCCGGGAUCCCCAAGGCCCGCGAGCAGGUCAACGCCAUUGUUGCCUGGAAGCAGUGGCACCUCGUCAGCAUGGUUGUCGUUGGCAACGAGGCUGUUUUCAACGGGUACUGCUCGGCUGAGCAGCUCGCGGCGUUCAUUGGGGAGUGCCGCGCCGCGUUCACCGGCUCCGGGUGCACUGCCCCGAUCACGACGACCGAGACGCUGAACAUCCUCCAGGCGAACGCUGGUGCUCUGUGCGGCGUUAUCGACGUCGUUGCGGCCAAUAUCCAGCCGUUCUUCAACGCGGGCGUCACCCCCGAGAGUGCCGGGUCUUUUGUCAAGGGCCAGCUCGACCUCGUUGCGAAGUGCUGCCCGGGCAAGGAUGCCUACAAUCUCGAGACCGGCUGGCCUAGCCAGGGCGGUGCAAACGGUGCGGCGGUGCCGGGACACAGCGAGCAGAAGGCGGCGAUUGAGAGCAUCUUGAAUGAGACUGGGAGCCGUAGCGUUAUCUUCAGCUUCGAGGAUGAUGCGUGGAAGAAGCCGGGUGCGUUUGGUGUUGAGCAGUACUGGGGAUGCUCGAGCUUGUUCUAA